AGAUUUAGUAUCUUUAUUAGAUUAGCUGAUUAGCUUAGAUGGAUCAAGAAUCAAAUGUAGGAGCGCAAGAACAUGGCAUUGAUGAGACUCCUGAUCCUGGGAAAAUGUUCGUUGGUGGAUUGAAUAUUCAAACGACAGCAGAGGGACUUAAAGAGUACUUUAGCAAGUUUGGAGAAGUUGCCGACACAAUCGUAAUGAAAGAUCCUAUAACAACUAGUUCAAGAGGAUUCGGUUUCGUCACAUUUCAAGAUCCAAAAAGUGUUGAAAAAGUCUUGGAGAGCAGUCCACACGGCCUUGAUCAGAAAACGAUUGAUCCAAAGGUCGCAGUUCCAAAAAGAAAGCAAUCAAAGAUGGUGACCAGGACAAAGAAAAUAUUCGUCGGUGGUUUGUCCGCAGACACCGUGGUGGAUGAUCUGAAGAAGUAUUUUUCACAAUAUGGGCAGGUUGAAGACGCAAUGCUAAUGUUCGAUAAAGUCACUCAUCGGCAUAGAGGAUUUGGUUUCGUCACAUUCGACAAUGAAGAAUCAGUGGAAAAAGUUUGUGAAAUACAUUUUCACGAAAUCAAAACAAAGAUGGUGGAAUGCAAAAAGGCUCAGCCGAAAGAAGUUAUGAUGCCAACAAUGACCAGACCAUUAAGUAGACCCAGAGCUGCAACCGUGCAAUAUAUUGACCCUACUACAGCUAUGUGCCUGGGUUAUCAACAAUUUUAUCCACGAACUGCUCCGACAGCUACAAUAGCUUAUCCUACUGCAUACGCAGCCUAUCCUGGAGCUGGUGUUGGAGGUCCGACGCUGGCGUACACAGCUGAUCCAAAUACCCUGGCCAGGCUAGGAAUGGCUCCGAUGACGGCCGGAACUUUCGCAGUUGCAGCUGCUGCUCAAGCACAACAGGCACGGAUUGAAACACUGGGAUCGCCACUUGCAACUUCUGGACAAGCUCUACAACAGUUAGUUCACCCAGGAGCUGAACUAAAGAGAGAAUUGACAGCUCCAGUUUUUACAACGUACGCGCAAUCAACAUUGCCUACACCAACACAUAACGGCACAGUAAGAGCGGCGGCAUUCAAUGGUAGCCCCAGUCCACUGGAUGUUUACUCGCAUGUUGCUGCAACGCAUGUAGCGGCGCCACACGAGGCCGCUCUUGGUGCGUACAUUGCACAAGCUGCAUCUCCGCAACCGGGAAGUGCUGCGUUUCCAGGAGGCAUUCCAUUGCCAUCACAAUGUCAUAUGCUCACUCAACUCAGCUAUCAGUAGACUGGAAGUAGAAUUAUUUCAAGAGUUACUUUGGUUUUGUUUCCAUGUCGGAAUCUUGAAUUCGCGUUUACAAUCUCGACCUCUUUGAAUAGAAUAGAUUCAAGUUAUGAAGUCGCACCAACUUAACAAACUUUACUUUUUUAUAUUCUAUUUACUUCAACUUAUUUGUUUGUUUUUUAUUAUUGUUUCGCCUGGUUAUUUAACAUUUACAAUUACAUUUAUUUUUGAGCACCAAAGUCCAAAGGACACCUGCCCACGUAACCUUCUUUUGGCCAGAACUUAAAUGAGUUGGUAAUAUGUAUACUACGUUCAGAACAAGUUUCCAAAUGGUUCAACAUACCAAUUCGAUAAUAUUUUUAAAGAGAACUCUCUCACAAAUACUCUUCAUCUUCAACUAAUGUUGUAUUACGAUUGCGUUUUUUCACACUACGUAUUAUGUAUGUAAAUAUUCUGUAGUGGUGGGUGGGUGUAGGUCGGUGAAUGCAAAAUCUUGAAUACCUGAUUAAGCAUCGUUUAUUUUUUUCGAUGAGUAAUAUUUCAAUUAUCCCUAUUACUAAAAUGAGCAAGUGACUUUUAGCGUCAUCAUUUCAACGUAAUUUAAACAAAGAAUCUGUUCACGACAAACAGUCAAACUUUUUUCUCACUCACCUUUUCUUGUGCUUUGUCAAAUAUUUAAUUGCAGAGGCACACGGAUAAGUUUAUUUCUACAAAAUAUCAUAAAUGUACACAAUCGCGUUGCACAAAAUUUUCUUUUAAAUAUUGUUUUCCUAGUGUAUUAUCUGCGACAAAUUAGAUUAUAUUGUAGAUGAUGUUAUGAAACUAUGAUACCACGUCUCUCGUUACCAUCAUACACACUGUAUAUAAUUUUCAUAUACGGCAGGAUAUACCUAAUCUUUUCACCUAAUAAUCAUUGGUAGGUUGGGUAUAAAAUUAUAUAAUUCAUCACUGGCAUUUUGGGAAGUAGUUAUCACGGUUUUUAAUGCAAUUUAUGUAGGUUUUCCUGAAUUUAUUCACAUCUAGAAACUCAAAUCUAUAUUAAAUACAGAUAUUAGUAAAUUAGAAUUAUAAUGAAUAGUUUGCGCGACCCACUGUGCCACUCCAAUGUCCCUAUUCAUACACUCAUAUUAGUGCCUUGAGACUAUAUGCUUAUAUUGAUAUUGAUGUUUCGUAAUUUGUUUGCUGUUUAUGACGUAUGUACACAUUGUUUCAUUUCCUUGUUUUUCAAUUCAUACUGAUUGAGUGAUGUUUUGUCAAAAGCUAUUGCAAGAUGAAGCAAUAAUAUGUGGUAAUUGCCCAUCAAAAUGAUAUUUCGGACUUGAUUGUUUCUUGAAUUUUUAUCUAUAUGUGUUUUUAUUUCACACAAAUUAUUACGUUUGAGAGUCGACCUAUUCCUUUGCCGAAUCUUACAGUUAGUUAUAAUCUGAUCGUUCUCGUUUAAUAAAUGUGCGGUGAAUAAUUUUCUAUUGCUAUUGCUUUUUUAUUUUAUUAAUAUCUGCACAGUUUGUGAAUGGACGAUGAUUACACUCAAUAACAUAUUUUUCGAUGGCAAGUAACAUUUGAUUAAAUAAUUAAUACCCUUUAAAGUUUGAACUGCUUUUGAUAUUGUGGAGUUUUUUAAGAAAGUUAUGUCAUUUUUGGUGUUUUAGUUUAGUUUAUUAUCUUUUUUAACAAUAUAAGUCAAUGAUGUAAUAAUAGAACAUCCAGAAAGUUUUUGAAUACUCCCACGUAGAAAGCUGAUUUGUUCCAACCUUAUGUUUCUUUAAAAAUGUUUGCUACUUUAGAUCGUAGAUGGAAUUAACGUUUGGUAGUUAGAAGAGGUGCUAACAAUACAUUUCUUAAUUAAUUUCUUCCUACAUUAAACUCAGCAGAUUUGAAAUAUCGUGCAAUGGUAGAGUUUUUAUACUGUGCUUAGCAUUUGGGGACACAUAUACUACUUCUACUAAUUUUCAUUAGACCCCUUUGUUGUGAAUAUGAACAAACAUUUUUCUUAGUUUUGGAGCUUUUUACUUCAAAUUUUGAUUUUUUUGAUGAAAAAAUAGUACUCUAGAUUUUCUGCAACAUACUUAUUUCACUGUACCUGUGGUUGCGCUUUUUUUCCUUUUUCCAGUUUUGAUAUGUCAAACAGUGACUAUAUUCUAAAAGAUGAUAGUAAAUUUCAUCAUUGAAUGUGUAAAGCUUAAGAUAAUAUUAAUUUUAAGAAUGGGAAAAGAUUGUGGAACCGUAUUGGACUGACUGCAUUAUUCUUUGUAUCACUUUUUGUCUUGUCUUUGUCCGCGCUAAACAUUUUGUCAGUUGUUUUAAUUUUCGCAAAUAAACAAAUCUCGACAAAA